UUUUUUACGAUGCGCCUCUUCUACCCCAUACACGCCCCUACGCUGUCUGUGUGUCGCGCGUGGGGAGGGGAGCUAUUGUUUGGGAUAUAUCGUCGCUGAAAGGUCCACCAGAGUACCGCCAUGUUUCUGUACGCGCUGACGUUACAGCGCGCCACGGGCGUGACCCACGCCAUCCACGGGAACUUCUCCGGCACGCGGCAGCAGGAGAUCGUGACGUCGCGGGGUAAAAUCCUGGAGCUGAUGCGACCAGACCCCAACACCGGCAAGAUCCACACGCUGCUCUCGGUGGAGAUUUUCGGCGUCAUACGAUCCCUGAUGUCGUUCAGACUAACGGGUGGGACCAAAGACUACAUUGUGUGUGGCACAGACUCAGGAAGAAUUGUCAUCCUGGAAUACCUGCCAGCCAAGAAUAAGUUUGACAAGGUUCACCAGGAGACAUUUGGGAAAAGUGGUUGCAGGAGAAUUGUACCUGGACAGUACCUAGCUGUGGACCCCAAGGGCAGAGCACUUAUGAUCGGAGCUGUAGAGAAGCAGAAGCUGGUGUACAUCCUGAACAGAGAUGCAGCAGCCCGUCUCACCAUCUCCUCACCCCUGGAGGCACACAAGUCCAACACGCUGUGUUACCAUCUGGUAGGGGUGGACAUCGGCUUCGAGAACCCCAUGUUCGCCUGUCUGGAGAUAGACUAUGAGGAUGCAGACAACGACCCUACUGGAGAGUCGUCCCAGAGCACACAGCAGUGCCUCACCUUCUACGAGCUAGACCUGGGUCUGAACCAUGUCGUCAGGAAGUACAGCGAACCACUGGAGGAACACGGGAACUUCCUCAUCGCAGUCCCUGGAGGUAGUGAGGGUCCCAGCGGAGUCCUGAUCUGUUCAGAGAACUACAUCACCUACAAGAACUUUGGAGACCAGCCUGACAUCAGAUCACCCAUCCCCAGGAGAAGAAACGACCUUGACGACCCAGAGCGAGGCAUGAUCUUCGUGUGCAGUGCCACCCACAAGACCAAGUCCAUGUUCUUCUUCCUGGCACAGACAGAACAGGGGGACAUCUUCAAAAUAACCUUGGAGACAGAUGAGGAUAUGGUCACAGAGAUCAAGCUGAAAUAUUUUGACACAGUCCCCGUGGCCACCAGUAUGUGUGUGCUCAAGACUGGAUUCCUUUUUGUAGCUUCAGAAUUUGGAAAUCACUACCUGUAUCAGAUUGCCCACCUGGGUGAUGAUGAUGAGGAGCCUGAGUUCAGCUCGGCGAUGCCUCUGGAGGAGGGGGACACGUUUCUCUUCACCCCCCGCGGACUCAAGAACCUGGUGUUAGUGGAUGAGAUGGACAGUCUCUCACCCAUCAUGUCAUGUCAGAUUGCAGAUUUGGCCAAUGAGGACACACCGCAGCUGUACGUAGCCAAUGGGAGGGGACCGCGCUCGUCCUUCCGGGUACUGAGACACGGUCUGGAGGUGUCGGAAAUGGCCGUGUCAGAACUGCCCGGUAAUCCCAACGCUGUGUGGACUGUCAAGAAAAAUGUGGACGAUGAGUUUGAUGCGUACAUCGUUGUGUCCUUCGUAAACGCCACCCUGGUACUGUCCAUCGGAGAGACCGUUGAGGAAGUGACGGACUCCGGGUUCUUGGGUACCACUCCGACGCUGUCCUGCUCACUGAUUGGUGAAGACGCUCUUCUUCAGAUUUACCCAGAAGGCAUCCGUCACAUCCGUGCAGACAAGCGAGUGAACGAGUGGCGGACACCAGGCAAGAAAACCAUCGUCAAGUGUGCAGUCAACCAGAGACAGGUAGUCAUAGCCUUGACUGGAGGGGAACUGGUCUACUUUGAGAUGGACCCUACUGGUCAGCUGAACGAGUACACAGAACGUAAGGAGAUGUCAGCCGAGGUGAUCUGCAUGGCGCUGGCUAAUGUACCUGUGGGAGAACAGCGCUGCAGGUUCUUAGCUGUGGGCCUCGCUGACGACACUGUCAGAAUCAUCUCACUAGACCCUGCAGACUGUCUGCAGCCAUUGAGUAUGCAGGCCCUGCCUGCCACGCCGGAGUCCCUGUGUAUAUUACAGAUGGGGAGUGGGGAGGGGAUAGACGACACUGGGCCCAGGAACACCAUGCUGUUUCUCAACAUCGGCUUACAGAACGGUGUCCUGCUGAGAACAGUGCUUGACCAGGUGACAGGAGACCUGUCAGACACACGGACACGGUACCUGGGAUCACGCCCUGUCAAACUCUUCCAGGUCAAGAUGCAGGGCAACGAAGCUGUCCUGGCCAUGUCCAGUCGCUCGUGGUUGAGUUACACGUACCAGAACCGGUUCCACCUGACACCGCUGUCGUACGAGACACUGGAGUACGCCUCAGGCUUCGCUUCAGAACAGUGUCCGGAGGGUAUCGUAGCCAUCUCCGCAAACACACUCAGAAUCCUGGCCCUGGAGAAGCUGGGUGCAGUGUUUAACCAGAUCUCCACCCCCCUGAUGUACACCCCCCGCAAGUUUGUGAUUGAUGCCCAGAGUAACAACAUCAUCAUGAUCGAGACGGACCACAACAGCUACACCGAGGCCACCAAGGCACAGAGGAAACAACAGAUGGCUGAGGAAAUGGUGGAGGCAGCAGGAGAGGAGGAGAAGGAGCUAGCAGCAGAGAUGGCAGCAGCCUUCAUUAACGAGAACCUGCCAGAGGCCACCUUCGGCUCUCCCAAGGCUGGGCCGGGCAUGUGGGCUUCUGUCAUCAGGGUACUCAACCCUAUACAGGGGAACACCCUGGACCUCAUUCAACUGGAACAGAAUGAGGCGGCCUUCAGUAUUGCAAUCUGUAAGUUUGCAAACCGCGGAGACGACACGUUUGUGGUGGUGGGGACGGCCAAGGACAUGACCAUGAACCCUCGCAGCUGCUCCGGUGGCUUCCUCCACACCUACCAACUCAUCAACAACGGAGAGAAACUGGAACUCAUACACAAGACACCAGUAGAAGAUGUCCCAGGAGCCAUCAGUGCGUUCCAGGGCCGGAUCCUGGUGGGCAUCGGCCGGCUCCUCCGCAUCUACGACCUGGGCAAGAAGAAACUGCUCAGGAAGUGUGAGAACAAGCACGUGCCCAACUUCAUAAUGUCCAUCCACACCAUGGGCCAUCGGAUCUUCGUGAGCGACGUGCAGGAGUCGUUCCACUUCAUCCGCUACAAGCGGCAGGAGAACCAGCUCAUCAUCUUCUCUGACGACACCAACUACCGCUGGAUCACCUGCUCCACACAGCUGGACUACGACACCGUGGCAGCAGGCGACAAGUUUGGGAACCUGUCGAUGGUGAGGCUCCCAGCAGGGGUCACAGACGAGGUGGACGAAGAUCCCACCGGCAACAAGGCACUCUGGGAUAGGGGACUUCUCAACGGGGCGUCACAAAAGGCUGACGUGAUCUGUAACUACCAUGUGGGAGAGGUGGUGACGUCAGUACAGAAGGCUACCCUGAUCCCUGGUGGCUCCGAGUCCCUGGUGUACACCACAAUCUCAGGUGGGGUGGGCAUCCUGGUCCCCUUCACCAGUCACGAGGACCACGACUUCUUCCAACAUCUGGAGAUGCACAUCCGCUCAGAACACCCUCCCCUGUGUGGGAGGGACCACCUGUCCUUCAGGUCAUACUACUAUCCUGUCAAGAACGUGAUAGAUGGGGACCUGUGUGAACAGUUUAACUCCAUGGAACCCAGCAAACAGAAAAGUGUGGCCGAGGAGCUGGACAGAACACCUGCAGAGGUGUCCAAGAAGCUGGAAGACAUCAGGACAAGAUACGCCUUCUGAUUCAUCUGUAUUCUGAGGGACCCACAUGUUAGAGAUGCUGUGACUUUGUACAUUCUUUGUUAGAGGAAUCUGAAGUUGAGAUUGAGGGAAUUUUUUACAACUCUUAAGUUAUAGUGAAAACUAAGAGAAACACAUGAAUGUACCAUACUACAUGUAGUACUAGCUUGUUUACAUCUCAUAAUUAAAAUUGAACUUUAGCCCUCCUUUCUGCUAAUAGUGAACUUGUCUUGACUUUGUUGAAAGGUAGUAAGCAACUUAAGUUGGUAUUGUUUGAAUUCUUAAACAGACUAUGUUUUGUAUAUGGGAACAGUCUCUGCUGAGAAAUAGGCAUAACAGAUAGAAAUGUAUAUGAAUAUUGUGGUGUUAAUGCAUACCCAAUAUUUCAUUUCUAUGACAUACCAAGACCAUUAUAGACAUAACUAACUGUUAUUUUGACUACAUAUAUGUAUUCCAACCAGGCUGCAACAGCCAUCCAACCCAAAAAAUUAUCCACUUUGGUAAUUUGUAAUUUCAAACCACUUCAAUGCAACAAUCAUUUUGACAAAUUUGUGUACAAUUUAUGUUCAUAAAUCUAUUAGUAAUCUGUUAGUUUUAUCUUAAAAGGGAUAAAAGUCAGCUUAUAAACAUUUGGUAUGUUAAAGUAAUGCUACAGACUUCAACAUGUAAGUAGAGAUUGCAGUGUUUUGAAGAGUUGCUGUGGACAGUGACUAUGAACAUGAAUUUUUUAUCUAUCCAUAAUCUCCAUUAGAGAAUAAGGGAGAAAGGGAGAAAAUGUCUUAACAUUCCUUUUGAAUACACCUACCUGACUGCCUGCAUAAUACCUGUUGUUUUGUCGUAGCAAGUAGAAUUUACUCUCUAGAUGUAGAUGUUAAAAACUGUACAAAGUGUUGUAAGGUGUUAUAAAGAAGCUUGAUAUUAUACAUUACUAAUAAGAAGCAAAAGUAAAGUACAAAAAAAGUUGAAGGUCUUAAACCUGAUGUAGUGAUAUGUAUUUUUUUUCAUGCUAUAGUGAAUUUUUAAGACUCGGAAGCUAGACUGGUAACCAGACCCUCAAAAUUCACCCCUCAAAAUUCAACCUUUCUCAGGGGGUGCUGGACAUGAUGAUGUUACAUGGAUGUCAAACAAAAUUGAGAUGACA